GACGCGCUUCCUUUUGCCAUGUAACAGCUGUUGUGAGGCCCAUUGCGGUAAUGCCACGAUAACCAGUGAUAUUACUUGCAAGCGAUGCUACGAUAUUAAUAAACUCAAUGUUCGCGACGACUUUGUAAUUUCAUCCACAGAUUGAAGUUUUGACAAGAAAUAUGGGUGACAACAGCAUCGCAGACAACCCAUUUGCUGCCCUGUUUCCGACCUUGACACAGGCUCAGCAGUACAGCAGUACAAUCUCAGCCAGCAAAGCACCUGUCUCCGAAGUGUCAUGUCUUACCAACACCACAGAAGAGGCAGAGCCUACCAGUAUUGUGCAGGAUGAAAGUGAUAUGGAAACUAAGGCCCUUGCAGCAGUGGAGUUCAAUGAAGCAGUGGAAAAAAUCUUUCUUAUAACACUUGACAAGGGCACAAGCUCGGAUGUGCAGCGGCCAUGUCGCUGUGUGUACUUGGAGGAGAUGGCAUCAGCACUACAGGGGCAGACUUGGUUCGAUCAAGAGUCAUUGCCACAGGCAGUGUUUGAGAGAGUGAUGAUGGAGAACCCGGCCGACAGCAUGGUGACAUCCCGGACCUCUGGGAAGGAUGUCCGGGCAGCAGCAGCAGCAUGCGAGGCGGAAGUGCUGAGAUACCUGUUCCAGUGCUACACCCGGUUACAAGCAUCCACAGAGGAACUACAGGAGACAGCUGUUUUCCAUCAGUGUGAGGACCUUAUCAUCAUGAACGCCCGCAACUGUCUACAGCAGACCGAGCUGUUCCCCACGCAGAAGGUCCAUCUUCAGUUUCUGGACAUAUUCCAAGAGGAGUUCGAGUUUUUGGCAGGAGGACUACACACAGUGGCAGAGAGUUUCUUCCUCCAUCUGUGUCGCGAGAUCAACAUCAACAAGGAGGAGGGCUCCCUGCUGGAAGUGUUCAAGCCAGUCCUGGAGGUGGUCAAGGAGAAGUUCACCAAGGAGCUGUCCCUCACUCACGCCAACACUCUCUACUACGUGGCCUUCCUGGAGUUCUUCAGUAAAUCAGCUCCAUUGGGAGAGGCUUUCAUGGCAUACAAUGCACCGUGGGACUGGAAGAAUGGCAAGGCGUUUGAGAUGACUCUGAUUGGAGCAGCCCUGUCCCUCAGCUGUAUACCAAAGAAUGAGACUGGACCGUACGAGUUCUUCAACAGCCCGUCUUCAGCUCCCAAACAGGAGCAUGACAUCACCGAGGCCAACAUCUGGCAGCCGCUGUCGAACCUGUGUGAGCGUGUCCACCAGCUGUUCCUGUCUCUGAUCAGACUCUCCCCGGACCUUCGCCACACCGUCCUUACCUGGCUGGGCAAAUGUUUACAGGCUAAUUCAGGUAGGACAAAGAUCUGGUCCAAUCAGAUCCCUCAGCUGUUCAACCAGAUGUACUGCUCCGAGGGAUUCAGUCUCAACCUGUGUCAUGUGAUGCUGAAACUCUGCCAACCAUUCUCCAACCCUACCUCAACUAAACUACUCAAGAUCCAGCCAUCUUAUACCUGCGCCGUGGCUGCCAGUGACGGAGAGGUCAAGUCCAGGAGCAUCCAUGCAGGCCGCUUGAACACUGAAACAAAGCUAGUCCAGAUAGAAGAUGAGUCAGCUCAGCCGUCUCCCUCCUCCGACACAACGUACAACUUCAUCACGGAGUGCUUCUUCCUAACACAGCAAUGUCUCAACAUGGGUUUCCACAUGGUGCAUGACAAGUUCCUCAAGCUCAACCAGGACCUGCACCGAGUCCAGAGAGUGUACAACGACAUGCGGGGACAGGCGCCCAACGAGGAACAGGAGCCGAUGCGCAGUGUCAAGGCUCAGAUGGAGAAAGGCAUGACUCUGUACCUGAGUAUGAAGGCAGCCCUCACUGAGCCCAGGCUGAUGGAGAUGUCUCUCAACUUCCACAUGGCAACAGCGGCGUGGUUGGUGCAGGUUGCUGUCCACGACGAUGUCAGCAAGUUCCAGACAGUCACAUUCCCCCUCCCUUCAGAAGCCCCAGCUGCACUGGUGUACAUUCCAGAAUUCCUCAUGGGAAACCUUACCGACUUCGUGCUCUUCUGCCAGAGGUUUAAGAAUGACAUGUUUGAGCUGGCCGGAGAAGCAGUCAACCAUCUGAUGACCCUCAUCCUGGUGUUCAUGGGAAGCCCCGAGCGGAUGAAGAACCCCCACCUGCGUGCUGAACUCGCAGAAACACUGGCUGCUCUCAUGCCAGACAAGGACAACAGCAACCGCAGCGGAAUACUCUCAAGUUUCCACCGAGACCAGCUGUUUGUGAAGCACCCCCAGGUUGCCCAGCUCUCCACAACGUUGCUUCAUGUGUUCGUCAGUAUCGAGAUGACAGGGCAGAGUGUGGAGUUCGAGCAGAAGUUCAACUACCGCCGCCCCAUGUACCAAGUGCUGGAGUACAUCUGGGAGAUAGACUUACACAGGCAAGCCAUUAAGGAAUUGUCAGUGAUGGCCGAAGCCCACAUCGAGGACACUGACCCUCCACUCUUCUUGAGAUUUGUGAACCUGCUUAUUAAUGAUGCUAUCUUUCUUCUCGAUGAGGCAUUACAGUACAUGAGCCAGAUCAAGGAGAAGCAACAGGAGAAGGAGCGCGGGGACUGGAACAACCUGGAACCGCGACAGCGACAGGAGACGGAUAACAACUUCCGCCACCUGGGGAUGCUGGCUCGCUACCACAACGUCAUGGCCAACUACACCAUCCACGCCCUGGAACUGCUGACGCGGGAGAUCCAGUCCAUCUUCUGCCACUCCAUGCUAGUCGACAGGAUCGCAGGCAUGCUCAACUACUUUCUCUUGCAUCUGGUUGGUCCCAAGCAGAGAAAUUUCAAUGUAAAGGACAAGAAUGAGUAUGAGUUCAAGCCUCAGCAGAUCGUGCAAGACAUCACUAAGAUUUACCUGAACUUGGGGGAGAGUGAGAUGUUCUGCCAGGCAGUGUCAGGUGACCAGAGGUCCUACUCCCCCGAACUGUUUGCCAAGGCUGUACAAGUCCUGCAGAAGAUCAGCACAAUGCCACAGGUCAUGAGCGACUUCCUUGGUCUGGAGGACAAGAUCAGAGGCUUGGCUGACAGUCUGCGUGAGGAAGAGGAGCUCCUAGCAGAUGUUCCUGAGGAGUUCUUGGACCCAAUCAUGGGAACUCUGAUGAAAGAUCCUGUCCUGCUUCCCUCCUCCAAGAACAUUGUAGACAAAUCCACCAUCUCCAGGCAUAUACUCAGCGAUCAGUCGGAUCCAUUCAACAGAUCCCCUUUGAGCUUAGAGAUGGUUGAACCUCAGGUAGAACUAAAGGCAAAGAUACAUGCAUGGAUAGCAGAAACAAAGUCCAAAGCAGGAAAGUCAUAGCACACAAGAUAUGAAACAGUUGCAUGUUACGAUGUGAUCAGGAUCAGACUCUACCGCUGGAACCUGACAGACCUUCCCCAAGGUGAAGAUCACUUCAUCAGAUGGGGAUUUGUGAUAUUUGGAUAAAUUCCCCAACUGAAUUCAGGAGACAGCUACAUCACUGAACUCUCAUGGAAACUGUGUCCAUCAUUUUGUGUUUGGUCCAAUGGAAUAAAUCUUUAGUUGUCAUCAUGUUAUAGGUGAAUGUGCAAUCAUGUUUCAGGUACACAGUAAUGUUAAUGUCAUCAAUAUGUUGGCUAUAGAUAGUUCAGGCCACAAUAUGUUAAUCAUUCAUUUAUCAAAAUGUUAUAAUAUAUUUUUUUAACAAACAGUCCAAGGCAUCUAUGUACACCAACAAUAAAUGGAAGGUAUUGUACUGAGGCUUGAAUGUUAAGGAGGGCUAUGUCUAUGGUGUAUUUCAAGAAUUAAGGCAAGAAGGGAACAGACUGGACCACACAGUGAUUUUCCUUGUCUGUAGGUGCUUUGAGAUGAUGAAGAAUGAUAUGGGUAGGGUCUCUUGUAUUGAGACUGUCAGUGAUGAAAACCUAAUAUUAGGCUAAAAAAAGGCUGUGGUGGUUUUUUUUACUUGUUCAAGCUAGUAUGUAACCAGAUUUAGUUUCCAAUAAUAUUGGCGAUGUCAUGUUGAUCUUAAGUAUUAUCGCAUUUCACUGCUGGGGUUGUGUGUUCGAGACGUGGAAUACUUAAAGAUUUUUUUCUUUUAAAAUUGAAAUAAAAACGAAACAUGCCCGGACUUAAUGAUGAUGCGGGUGGUGCCUAUUGUUUUUUAGCCUUAAAUUUAUCAUGGCCUUAUUUUGUAGAUGAUCACUGUUACUAGUUAUGUAAAAAGUAGAUAAAAAAUAUCCAAGUAGGGGUGGGGUGGUAACUGCAGAUUAUUGUUGGGGACUGAUGUGGCGUAAUAUGAUUGUUGUACGAUGUUUGACCUAUCAUGUUGUCCAACCAAGGCAUUGAAACAUGGUGACCCAGUACCACCACCAUGAGAGUACAUGUGAGGUCAUAGUGACCCUGUACCACCAUGAGAGUACAUGUGAGGUCAUAGUGACCCUGUACCACCAUGAGAGUACAUGUGAGGUCAUAGUGACCCUGUACCACCAUGAGAGUACAUGUGAGGUCAUAGUGACCCUGUACCACCAUGAGAGUACUUGCGAGGUCAUAGUGACCCUGUACCACCACCCUGAGAGUACUUGCGAGGUCAUGGUGACCUUGUACCACAAUGAGAGUACAUGUGAGGUCAAAGUGACCCUGUACCACCACCAUCAGAGUACAUGUAAGGUCAUAGUGACCCUGUACUACCACCACCAGGUGAGGAUGCACUAUCAGGUCACUGUGACCCUGAUCGAUCUGAAAGUAAAAUCAAACAUUAUCCCCACUUAUUGUUAUAAUGCAAUGAUUAAUUAAACCUCCAUGUUUUCUUUAUCAAGAUCAUCAGGACUCAUGAGAACUGUGACUUUGCAAUCAUGUUGUUGUUUAUAUGUAUUUAGAAUCCAUAGCUGUAUAAACUGUAUAAUGAUAUUACUUGAGUGUAUAACGACAUGUACAUGAUUGUGUAAUGAUAUGUACAAGACUUACAGUGUAUAAUGAUAUGUACAAGUGUGUAUAAUGAUAUGUACAAGAGUAUAUAACGAUGUGUACAUGAGAGUAUAAUGAUAUGUAAAUGAGUGUAUAAUGUUAGAUACAGGAGUGUAUAACGAUGUGUACAUGAGUGUACAUGUAUAAUGAUAGAUACAGGAGUGUAUGAUGAUAUGUAUAUGAGUGUAUAAUGAUAUGUACGUGAGUGUAUAAUGAUAUGUACAGGAGAGUAUAAUGACAUGUACGUGAGUGUAUAUGAUAGGUACAGGAGUGUGUAUGAUAUGUACAUGAGUGUGUAUGAUAUGUACAUGAGUGUGUAUGAUAUGUACAUGAGUGUGUAUGAUAUGUAUGUGAGUGUGUAUGAUAGGUACAGGAGUGUAUAAUGAUAUGUACAUGAGUGAGUAUGAUAUGUACAGCAGUGUAUAAUGAUAGGUACAGGAGUGUAUAAUGACAUGUAUAUGAGUGUGUAUGAUAGGUACAGGAGUGUAUAAUGACAUGUAUAUGAGUGUGUGUGAUAGGUACAGGAGCGUAUAAUGAUAUGUACAUGAGUGUGUAUGAUAUGUACAUGAGUGUGUAUGAUAGGUACAGGAGUGUGUAUGAUAUGUAAAGGAGUGUAUAAUGAUAUGUACAUGAGUGUGUAUGAUAUGUACAUGAGUGUGUAUGAUAUGUACAGGAGUGUAUAAUGAUAUGUACAUGAGUGUGUAUGAUAUGUACAGGAGUGUAUAAUGAUAUGUACAUGAGUGUGUAUGAUAUGUACAUGAGUGUGUAUGAUAUGUGCAUGAGUGUAUGAUAUGUACAUGAGUGUGUAUGAUAUGUAAAGGAGUGUAUAAUGAUAUGUACAUGAGUGUGUAUGAUAUGUACAUGAGUGUGUAUGAUAUGUACAGGAGUGUAUAAUGAUAUGUACAUGAGUGUGUAUGAUAUGUACAUGAGUGUGUAUGAUAUGUACAGGAGUGUAUAAUGAUAUGUACAUGAGUGUGUAUGAUAUGUACAGGAGUGUGUAUGAUAGGUACAGGAGUGUAUAAUGAUAUGUACAUGAGUGUGUAUGAUAUGUACAUGAGUGUGUAUGAUAUGUGCAUGAGUGUGUAUGAUAUGUACAGGAGUGUAUAAUGAUAUGUACAUGAGUGUGUAUGAUAUGUACAGGAGUGUAUAAUGAUAUGUACAGGAGUGUAUAAUGAUAUGUACAUGAGUGUGUAUGAUAUGUACAUGAGUGUGUAUGAUAUGUACAUGAGUGUGUAUGAUAUGUGCAUGAGUGUGUAUGAUAUGUACAGGAGUGUAUAAUGAUAUGUACAUGAGUGUGUAUGAUAUGUGCAUGAGUGUGUAUGAUAUGUACAGGAGUGUAUAAUGAUAUGUACAUGAGUGUGUAUGAUAUGUACAGGAGUGUGUAUGAUAUGUACAGGAGUGUAUAAUGAUAUGUACAUGAGUGUGUAUGAUAUGUACAGGAGUGUGUAUGAUAUGUACAUGAGUGUGUAUGAUAUGUGCAUGAGUGGGUAUGAUAUGUGCAUGAGUGGGUAUGAUAGGUACAUACGUUUUGGUGAUAUGUACAGGAGUGUAAGGGCAGGCUGAACAGUGUGGAACUGAAAGAUGCUUUAUAGAAAUAUUUAUCAUAGUAGCUCGCAAACCUUUCUUUGCCCUGAAAACAUAGUGGAGGGAACUUGUAGGAGGAGCUCAAGUGCACAAUGACAAAGAUUUAUUAUGUACAGGUUUGGGGUCUUUUCCAUUGCUGAUACAUGAGACAUUUCCAUGGCUCCACAUAGUGGAAUUAACAGUGAUGAGGUUAAGCCACUGAUGAGGAGGCUUAGGAUUUGCUACUGAGGAUGUCAAUGUCAAAGCUGCAGGGUAUGAUGAUGUACUGUAAUCAAGCUGAGCUUGUAAUACCCAGAAUAUCAAUGUUAAGGCUAUACAGUCAGUCAUGAACAACAGUGAUCAAGGUAUUUUCUUUGAAGUCCUCUAACUAAUCAAUGAUUAGCAUAAUAUUGAGCUUUUGUAAGUCGCCUCAGAAUGAUGCUAUUCAGGACAUUAUGGCUUCGUUUGUUUCUGUAAGAGGGAAGGAGAGGCUAUAAUUCAUGUAAUUGUGGUUAGGAGACUUGUAGGCAGAUAGAAUAUGGUUCUGGGCCUGCUUCAUAAAGUUUACUACUCAAAAGAAGUUCAGAGCCACCUGAUUCUUUCAUAUUACUAAUGUGUCAUUGCAUUUCAGAUUAACUAUAGUAAUGUGAAACGAUUGGGUGGUUCUUAACUUCUUUUGAGUAGAUUAUGUGGUUAAUACAGGUAUUUUUAUAAUCUACUUCUGAUUGUUUGAUUGUUAGGAUUGUUAAUGUAAUUGUGACUUUAUCUAGUAUGUGAUGAGUGUAUGACAUUGAAUUAUAAUGAAAUAUGCUUGCUAGUUAAAUAUGUAACUGAAGGUGUUUGCCAGUGAGACAUGAUGUUAUUAAUUGUUGUGUUGAUGGUUAUAGAAAGAUAAGUCAAGUAAUGUACCUUACUGUAAACAAAUCAACAAUAAACAGAAUGGGAAGAUCA